GAGAUGAGAAGCCUCGGCGGACCAUUCUGGCUUGUGGAUUGUGCUUCGGUAGUGCCCAGCGCCAUCGUUCCGAAAAGCGCCUGCCACCGUGCAUACGCCUACGAGCGAGCGACGGAGGCGCUGCACGCACAGCUGGCGCCGAAAGACUGGACCGAAGUGCAUGCUGGAGGCGACGCAAAUGCGCCUUUGGACUUCGAGCUUCCUGCAGCUGUAGACCUGAGGACAGCGGAUGUCGAGGCUCUUCUGAAAGACAUGGAAGUGGACAUGUCCGUGGCUCCCGUGGCGCACACGCGUGGUGGCAGUGCAGAGGGCUAUGCCCGUUGGAGCAGCUGGGUGGAUGGAGGUGGCCUCAAGACUUAUGCCAAGCGACGUAACGAGUCCCUGGAUGUGCGCGGCGUUUCCCGCAUGAGCGCCUUUCUGAACACUGGCAUGGUGAGCCCCAUGAGGAUCGCUCGGCUUGCGUUUGCCGGCAGUGGCGCAGGCAAAGGAAAGUUCCUGAAUGAGUUUCUCACAUGGCGAG